UUGGUCAGGUACAGCGUAAGGCGUCUACACGCCGGUAUAAGCCAAAUAAUAAGGCAAAAAAUGUAAAUUGUUCUCAUAAUUCCGGGAGCAUUUCUGGUCAAAAAGUAUCUAUCGUUGCUUUAGAAGCUAGACGUUCAAAAUGAGUGACAUGGAAGCAGAAGAAGACAACAAUGAUGUCGUGUACUCGAGCGGUGAAGAAGGUGGCCAAACGGUCAUGUCGGAACGGGUAUCGAAUAUGGCCAACAAUAUCUACGGAGAAUUCGAGAGAAUGAUACAGAAAUAUGACCAAGAUGUAGUCUCUGGUCUUAUGCCAUUGAUGGUGUCUGUCUUAGAACAACUGGACAGUGCUUAUAGUGACAAUAAUGAGCAACUCUUGGAGCUAGAAAUGUUGAGCGACGACAACGAGCAGCUUAUCACUCAGUACGAGAGAGAGAAACAGUUGCGAAAGCUAGCGGAAAAGAGAUAUUUAGAAAUUGAAGAUCAAAUUGAAGCGGAAAAGAGAAACACAGAAAAUGAUAUUGAACUUCUGACCCAUGAUAACAAAGGCCUUGAGAACAGAGUGAAAAGUUACCAAGAUCAUGUUGAAAGACUUGAAGAAAGAAUAUCUGAUAUGAAGCGUCAGUAUGAUACCCUCCACGCAAGACACACUGAGAUGGUCCACCAUUAUAUGGAAAAGAUUGAAAAAGCAGAGAGGAAAUCUGUAUCAGGGGAAACACCACAAAAACCAAUCAUCAGACCUAGAACAUCAUCUGGUAAUGCUGCCAGGUCUCCAUUGGGUCCUUCUGCUGAUUCAAUGCCAGAAUUACUAGAUGACACAGCUGGUACUAGCCCACUAUCUAUACCAAAGAGUCCACAUGUUGAGAUGAUAUCAUCCUUUGAAAAGUCUGGGGAAAGCAAUGAUGUAUCACUCAGAGAUGAGUCUCUUGCUGAAAGCUUAAAAGGUGAUGAAUCCAUUCAGAAUAUUUCCAAUGGACAAACACCUGAAGCUGCUGGAGCUCAACAACCCAGUGACAAAGCAGAUGCUAGUAGUGGCACAUGCAGCAUCUCCGAUGUUGAUAACUUACCAAUCAUGAAUGCCGCAGAUGCUGCUAACAUGCUGACCCCAACCUCCAUGCCUAAGCUUAGCAAGGAAGCCAUGGAAGUCUUGCAAACAACACCUGAACUUGCCAAUAACCCCAGUGAGGUCAUACGGCGUGAGAAUAAGAAAAGCUCAGCUAACCGCCCAAUCUCUCUGGACUUAGAAAACCUACCUGAGGGUGUCACUGCCAGCUCAUUGUUUGCUGAGAUAGCAAGUCAUGAACCAGAUGUGAUAGGAGAGAUGGAUACAGGUGCUGAUAUCACGGCUAUGGGCAAAGAAUUAGAAAGUGUUAUGCAUGAAAAUAAGGAAUUGGUUGCUACCAAAAACAAGUUAUCUAUGCAGAAAAAUGAUCUUCUGAAAAGAGUUGAAGAGCUAUCAAAUGAUAAGGAAGUAAUCAAAGAAGAGUUGGAAUCAAUGAAAGACUUGAAGAAGAGAAUGCUUUUGAGACUCUCUGAAAGUGAACAAGAAUUAAAAAGGACAAAGCAUGAAGCAGAAAAGGCUAGUGUUGCUUUGAAAGAGGCAAGUGUUUCAGCAGCUCACAGAAAGCGAUUCACAAGGGUAGAGAUGGCUAGAGUAUUAAUGGAGAGAAACCAAUAUAAAGAAAGAUUAAUGGAGCUACAAGAAGCAGUGAGAUGGACAGAGAUGAUCAGAGCUUCAAAGGAAAAGAACCUGGAGAUGCAGCAGAAAAGAAAGUCCUCCAUCUGGAAGUUUUUCAGCAACCUCUUUGGCCCAACACCAAAGAGACCCCAUCCUUCUGCAGUUAGUAUUCGAUAUAACACCCCUGGAGAGGAAUCACCUCAUAUGCAACGUCGCCACAAUUCUUUGGGAUCACUAAAUACUGGCUCAUCUAACAUGUCUGGUGGUUUUGGCAGUGAAAACUUUGACAGGCAAAGAGUGAAUGAAAGGAGAGAACGUUAUAAACAAGUCCGUGCAUAUCUCAACACAGAUCUGUCAGAGGGAAGGAUGCAGGCAUAUGGAUGGAGUUUACCUGCUAAAUACUCCACUGAGGUAGCUGAGGGAGGCAAGAGUCUUGUGUCAGUACCUGUGCCAGUAUACUGUAGACCGCUGAACCUCAAUGAUCCAGGGAUGAAAAUAUGGUGUGCUGCUGGAGUAGACCUAUCAGGGGGAGUGACCCAAGAUGGGGGUGCUGCUGUAGGUGCAAGUGUUUUCUAUGCCGAGCCCCCCAAAGAAGGUGAUGAUCAAGAAUCCAAGGAAACCAAGCCAUCAAUGGUGUGGAUUGGUAGCAGUACUCACUCCUGUAGUAAGGUCACUAUUAUAGAUGCUAACUACCCACAGAACAUACUGGAUUGCUUUGUGGUUUGUACGUCACAUUUGCUGUGUAUCACCGCAGUGCCUGGUGCCAAACCCAGUGAUUAUGACUUGCAGGCUUCUAGUGAGAGCAGUAUUAACACGGAUAGCAGAGGAAGUCAGUCAACCAUUGGUGCUAGCAAAGAGUCUGUCCUUUCUUCUGAUAGUGGAGAUUUCUCUGAUCCUCUUGGUGCAAAGAUGUCUUCCAAGACAGACAUGACAGAUGAUGCAAGCAGUCAAGUAUCAGAAGCACCCACCAUAACUGAUGUAUCAGCUGGUGAAAAUGAACACUCUGAACCCAGGCUUGAUGAUAAUGGAGUGGCAAAGAUGAGUAGUGUGUUGCCUACCAUGUGGUUUGGAGCUCAGUCCGGCAGUGUCUAUGUCCAUUCUGCAAUCUCUCACUGGAAAACCUGUAUUCAUUCGAUACGACUCAAGGAUUCAGUGCUCAGUAUCGUACAUGUCACAGGUCGUGUAUUGGUAGCACUAGCAGAUGGAACAGUAGCUAUAUUCCACAGAUCCUCAGGUGGACAAUGGAACUUCAAUAAUUAUCACCUACUUGACCUCGGCCGUCCCCAUCAUUCUAUUCGCUGCAUGACUAUGGUUCAUGAAAAAGUGUGGUGUGGGUACAGGAACAAGAUACAGGUCAUCCACCCUAGGACCAUGAGAGUUGAGAAAACCUUUGAUGCCCAUCCUCGUCGUGAGAGUCAAGUUCGUCAGUUAGCAUGGAUUGGUGAUGGUGUGUGGGUAUCCAUUAGACUGGACAGUACCUUACGGCUGUACAACGCCCAUACGUAUCAUCAUCUGCAAGACAUUGAUAUCGAACCUUACGUCAGUAAAAUGCUAGGUACGAGUAAACUAGGAUUCUCUUUCGUACGAAUAACAUCCUUGCUUCUGACCAACGAUCGUCUGUGGGUGGGAACCGGAAACGGCGUCAUCUUAUCUGUUCCACUCGUAGCUGCACGACCUGCAAGGGAUGAUGGAGAUCAAGCUGCUAUUGUGAGUCCUGGUUCGGGUGGACCAGGAGGACCUGUCAGAGUUUAUAGUAACGAGGGUGUUGAUGGGGAACGAACACCAUCAGGAACUGGUAGCUUCAUGCCUUAUUGCUCUAUGGUUAAUGCCCAGCUCUCCUUCCAUGGACACCGUGACUCGGUCAAGUUCUUUGUUGCGGUCCAAGGUUCCAUGAAGCGCGCGUCAGUGAGCUCUUCUGUUUCCACCCAAACCCAAACCGGAAGUAAACCAGGCAGUCCCGCUCAGUCCCAGACCCCAAGCCCCGAGAAAAAGAUGAUCGAAAUGACGUUGGUUCUAAGUGGAGGGGAAGGUUACGUAGACUUCCGGUUAGGCGACGGAGAGGAAGCUGCUAUGGAAGACCAAGCAGGAGAUUUGAUAUCAGUGACAAUCAAAGGGCAUUCGACCAAUGAGCGUAGUCAUAUCAUGGUCUGGCAAGUUGCAUAAUAAGGGAACAAUCCGUGAACUUCAUUGGUGGAUCCCAGGCAAAGUAUUGAACAUCAAAUGUGUUUAAUCCUGACAGGACGCGCCAGAGAAAAAGGGUGGUGGUAUAGCUUCAAAAAAAAUUAAUUAAAUUAUAAUGAAAAUGUGUGAAAAAUAUUGUUAGGAUGCCAACAAAUAAAUCCCAAAAGUGCUUGAUUUAAAUAGUGCAUGUUCACUAAAUCUAGAUCACUAGAUCGUUUAGCUGUGAAGCCGUCCUUUUUUGGGUGCUGUCCAAGUGACCUUUAUUUUCAUCAAUAUAUUGAAAGACUUUAUUUAUGUAUGUAGGAGAUAGCAAGAAUAAUAAUCAUAUUGCUUAAUUCCUUCAUAUACUAAAGUUCAACCACCAGGAACUGAUAUUUACGUACGAUAUAGGUUGUCUUCUCCCACCCUCUCUUAUCGCGGUUGGAGGCUACAGACAGUUUACUUAAAAGUUUUUUUAUUAGAAUUUUUUUUACAGAAUAAAUUACUCAUCUUGCCAAUUCUGAAUAUGUUUGCUUUGAGCGAUUAUGCGUAAAAUCAGAAUAAAUAAUUUCUAUGCUGAUAGAUUUGACCAUAGUAAGACUAACCCAUGGACGAGUAUCACGAGUAUUGCUUAUGGACAGAGAUGUCUUUUCUAUACUAAUUGUACUAAUAUUAGUAGAAGUAUAAUCAAUAAUACUGAUCCUUUAGAGUGGUUUAAUGCAAUUUUGAUCAUUUUAUUCCCGAAAGCAAAAACAAUUUAUAAUUUAUGCGGUAAUUUUCAACUUUGUUUUUCUUUUUUCGCUGGCCUGGUUAUAUGGCCACCAAGGGUAUAAUUCAAAGGAUUAUUAAGUUCAUUUUACUUCCAUAACCAUUUAAUUACUCUCCCUAUAAUAUUUACGGGGAAAAUUCGAUAGUUCAUUUCAGUCCCUUGUAAAUAGGAAAAAAAUACGAGAAAAAAAUAUUUUUGCUUGCCAAAUAUCCUUGUUUUAAAGGUUUUGCGUCGCUUUAAAAAUGCUUGUUUUAAAAGGAGUAAUUUAAGAAAUAUUCACUUUCUUUAAGAGAUUUUUUUUUGGACAAUACUAUACAGGGAUUGUCCGUUUUCUCAAGGUUGCGUGAGCAUCCAAAUUUAAGGAACUUGACGUGCCACGAUACCAGAACACGAGUAAUAUCAUGCAUUGCUAUGAAAUUUUUUACGAUAAGAAUUCAUAAAAUAUAUUAUUCUCCUCUUUAAAUUUAUAACUGUCUUCUCAAUUUUACUGAAUUUGCGUUUUUCAGUUUUGUGGCCCAUCAAGUUGGAUGCGCACGCUACUUUGAGAAAACGUUCUAACGAGAGCUCUUUCUUUGCCCUCGUCAUUUUGUCCUUUUCCUUUUUUCUCUUAAUUUUAAACAUUCUUGACUAUUCUAGACAUCCUUGUUCGAAAAUAUGAAUAAUAUAUAAAGUAUUAGAAUAAUUGUAAAAAUGCAAGCAAAACAGGUUAGUUUCAGGGUAGUUUAGCCUCGAUCGAAAAAUCCGGAUGUGACGCAGGCUAGGGUAGUUUUACUUGGCUAAACACAAGGAGAACGUUCUGUGAUCUUUUUUUGGAUGUGAUUAAUUUAUUAAAUUAUAGUUCUAGUCGUAUGGGUGUUGGAAGUAAUUUUAAACACAUCUACAAAAAUGAGGUUAAAACUAAUGAUAAAAAAUAUAUAAAAACUGCAAAUAAGAUAUCGAUUAGGAAAUCGAUAUACUACUGAAAAAGAUGGUUGGUGUGCUGUAUUAAUACAAUGUACAUCACUGUACAGUUACACUGAUUCGUACUGUUGGUAUACAGCUUUAUACUGUAAUUAUAAUUAACCCAUAUGUGUUACGAAAAUAGUGGAAAACCUUUUUAGUGUAUCGCAUGUGAUCUUGCAUGUGCACAAAGCCAAGGGAAGCCAUUUCAGUGCUGUAGCAUGUUAUACUAUAUUUGUCUUGCUUCAGUUACAAGGGGGAUUCAUCUUAAUGGCAUAGCAUUGUAUUGUUUUUUAGUGUUUACAUAGCUAAGGGAAGCCAUUUCAGUGCUGUUACAUGUUGUAAUGGAUCUGUUUUGUGCACAUAGGAAGCCAUUUCAGUGCUAAUGCAUAUUGUAAUAAUGUAUGUCAGUCUUGUGAGAAAGGGAGGCCAACUCUGUGUCACAGUUGCUGUAUACCAAUAACCAAAGAAUAUACUUACGACUAAAAAACCUUCGUUUUACUAAUAUGGUCUUCUUUCUCUUUCCAUCCAAUCUUUUUCAGUACAAUCGCUUCAGAUACGAUACUAAAUUAGCAAAGAAUAGAAUAUCAAAAAAUGUGUCCUCGGUAUUUAAAUUAUUUUUCCUAAGGUCUCCCAAGACCGCCGGCCAUUUCUAUGGACAUUAAUCAAAUGUAUUUUUAAUUUAAAAAACUAGAAUUUAAUUAUCAAUUGUAAGCAAAUAUGUGGUGAGUCCUCUUAUUUUUGCCGAUAUCGUUGGGCACCUUUCUGUUCAAAAAAGUAAAUAAAAACCCAGUUGCAUCAGCCUUCACUCGUCGUUUUGAUGACCAAACUCUAGUGGGUUUACGUCUCAAAAUUAAAAGAAAGUGUUGGUUUGCAUCAUUUUGGUUGACUCGCAUAUCAUGUAAACUUUGUUAAAUUGUGAUCACUUGAUCACUCCCUUACCUUAUAUUGGAUUGCAAAUACAUAGUUAUUCUCGUUCACACUCUAGUUCGUGACCAAUAGACCUCUUUAGCUUGGGCGUUUGUUUUGCCCAUUUCAGACCACGUGUCAAAGUCUUCUUUGUUUUAUUUGCAUCCGGAUCCAAACAAAGAAAUGAUACUCAAGAGAAUGGAACAUGUUUUUAAAUGGGCAAAACAUUACGCCCAAUCUAAAUUAAGAGGUCUAUAUCCCAAGCCACACAGUAGUCUAGUGAGUGAAAUAGUGCAUGUGAGAUUGUCGUGUCUUUAUUCAUAGUGUAUGAAUAAAACGUCUACUCCAGUAUAACUUGCAGGUCUAAAUAGUUCUUCAGUUCUGUAAAUGUCAAAGUAUCAAUGAAAUAAAUCAGUGACAAACUAAAAAGUGACAA